AUGUCUCAGGUAAGAGGACAAGGUUACGAUGGGGAAAGCAAUAUGCGUGGUGCAUUUAAUGGUCUAAAAGCUUUGAUUUUACAAUAUAAUGGUUCAGCGCAUUAUGUGCAUUGCUUUGCACACCAACUUCAGUUAGUUAUUGUGGUUCAUGUAAAAGACAAGACAUGCUACGGGAAAGUAAAAGAGAAAGGGUGCAAAUGUCAAUUGGAAAUGGUUUGUCAUGUUCUUGCUUAUGUCGAAGAGGAAGGAUCCGCUUUAAGUAACCAAAAUCAAGCAUUUGGUAUAUUAAAAUAUUUCAAGACAUUAGAUUUUGUGUUUUACUUACAUUUGAUAUAUGAAAUUUUACACCUCACGAACGUAUUGUCAAAACAUCUUCAAAAAAAGGAUCAAGAUAUUGUAGAAGCGGCUUCUUUGGUUAGAGGGACAAUGGAUGCAUUGAAGUCUUUAAGAGACACGGGGUUUGCUAAACUUUUAUCGAAGGUACUCUCUUUUUGUCAAAAACAUGAUAUUAAUAUUGUGGAGAUGAUGGACAAUUUUGUCACAUCAAGAGGCCGUAAGACUAAAGUUACUAAUCAAUUUCAUUUUGAAGUUGAAAUUUUCAACACCGUCAUGGAUAUGCAAAUUAUAGAAUUCGGAUACCGAUUUAGUGAACUUAGCACCCAAUUACUAGAAUACAUGGGGGCUUUGAGUCCUUGUGAUUCAUUUGCUAAAUUUACUAAAACAAAGUUGUUAAAGUUGAGUGAGUUAUACAUAAAAGAUUUUGAUGAUGCGGAGAGGAUGCAACUUGUUGGUGAACUUGAAAUAUAUUAUCACGCUUUGUAUAAAGAUGACCGGUUCACUAGUUUGCAAGGAAUUUCCGACCUUUCUCGUUUGAUGGUGGUAAAGGGGAAACAUCAGUCUUAUCCUAUGGUUUAUAGGUUGUUGAAGUUGGUUUUGGUUUUACCCGUUGCAACCGCAACAGUUGAAAGAUGUUUUUCAGUGAUGAAGUUUUUGAAGAUGAAUUUGUGUAACAAAAUAGGUGAUGAUUUUUUGAACGAUGCCAUGAUUUCUUAUGUUGAAAAAGAAGCACUUAUGAAAGUGAAGAUCGAAGAUGUAAUGGAUUGGUUUCAAAAAAUGUGUACCCGUAGAUGUCAAAUUUAG